AUGGAGAAUUCAUCUACAGAGACUGAAUUUAUCCUUCUUGGCAUGACAGAAAAUCCUCAGCUCACAAUCCUACUAUUUGGAGUAUUCUUUAUUGUUUAUACCAUCACUGUAUUGGGGAACUUAGGCCUGAUGGUCCUCAUUCAAGUCAGCCCCCGCCUCCAUACCCCCAUGUAUUUUUUGCUCUCUAAUCUGUCCUUCCUUGAUGUCUGUUUCUCUUCCAUCACAACCCCAAAGACUUUAACAAAUUUAUUAUCUCACCUUCAGGAAGUUUCUUUCCUGGGUUGUGUGACUCAAAUGAGCUUGUUCAUAAUCUUUGCCUCUGCUGAAUGUAAUGUUUUGGCUUCCAUGGCUUAUGACCGCUAUAUUGCCAUCUGUCACCCACUGGUCUACCACAUUACCAUGUCAAGAGUCCACUGUCUCCUCUUGAUAGCAGGAUGCUACCUUGGCGGGUUAAUUAACAUGGUUGCUGUAACAACUUCCAUCACACAACUAACAUUCUGCCAACCACGUGCCAUCCCACACUUCUUCUGUGAUAUCCCGCCACUAUUGGCAUUGGCUUGUUCAGAUUCCUGGGUCACCCAAAUCUUGGUUGUUGGCUGUGGAGGAUUCACCUUGGUCACCUCUGUUGUGGUGAUUCUUGUCUCCUACCUGUCUAUAAUCAUGACUAUUCUGGGAAUUCCCUCACCUUUUGGAAAACAGAAAGCUUUCUCUACCUGUGUUUCCCACUUGACAACUGUUGGCCUGUAUUAUGGGACAACUAUGUACACUUAUUUGCAGCCCUCUCAACAUGGAUCCCAGGCAGGAAAUCAGAUGAUUUCAGUGUUUUAUACAAUGGUGAUCCCCAUGUUAAAUCCUCUCAUCUAUAGUUUGAGAAAUCAGGAAGUGAAAGCUGUGUUAUGGAAAAUUUUGAGGAAUAGUCUUUAA